UUCUUUCCUUUGUUGAUUCUCUCUGUGGUUUUACCUCUAUUGUUGAUCACCCAAUUUUCAAAUCCUGUCCUGUUUUAUGGGUUUUGCCUCUCAUUUUUUUGUGUAGAAUGGAUUGGGUAUUGUCUGAAUUUGCGUCUAACAGAAGGUGUAAUAGCCAAUGCUUAGUAAUUUCUCUGCUCAUUAACCUGAUUCAUCAUUGUUUUUUUAACCUCCGUUUGUUUUUUGAUAUAGAAGGAAGUGGGUAUUGUUGUUGUAAUUUGGGUCUAACAGCAGGUUUAGCAUGAUUCAUCAUUGUUUAAAUCUCUUAGUUGUGAUUUGUUUUAAAUUUGGUUUAACAAGAGACUAUGUUUGCUUGAAAGUUUUCUCUGAUGAGUUGUUUUAAGGGUUAGACAAAUUUGGUGAAGGUGAAGCAAGUGAUGUUGUAAACUGAUAUGAUAGUCUUGAAGAGUCCGGAAGUCUUCUUUUUUUUUUCCUUUUUUUUCUCUCUCAAAUGUUUGAGAACCAAACCCUAACAACCAGAGAGGCGAGAGAAAGAGAGAAGGAGGAAUGGAGGAGGAGGAAGAAGAAGAGAGGACGCCGGAGAUGGCUUCGCUGGCCAAAUGGGAAGACGUGAUCUGGCCACAUCGGAGAAGGAGAAAGAGAAGGGGUAGAAGAAGAAGAGAGCAGAAGGAUCGAAAUUUUUUUCCUCUUUAACAAUGGAGUUCGCAGAUUACCCAAACCCGGUACCAAUUUCUGACCCAGGUCCUUUGAAAUCGAUCUCAACGAGACCCCCUUCCCUCUCAUCACGAAACCCUCGACGUCGCCCUGCCUUCACUGCUGGAGGGAGAGAUUUUGGUGUGUGGUGGUUGCGGGCGAGGGUAUCAUGUGAAGUGUUUGCUAACAAAGACAUCUUCAUGUACAGAGGGGACACUCCAUUCUGUAGUGAAGAGUGCAAACAACAACAGAUAGAGAUGGAUGAAGCCAAUGAGAAGAAUUGGAAGAUCUUUGCUUCCAUGAAAGCCUUGAGGAUUGAUCAGAAGAAACCCAACAAAUCCUUCUCUCCAAAGAAGACCCAAAACUAUGCUUUCCUUCUCUGUCUCCUUCCUUUCUUUUGUUUUUGUUUUUGUUUUUGUUUCUCUCUCUCUCUCUCUCUUUCCUUUUUUGUUUUUGUUUUUGUUUUGGCUCCAAAACGACGUUUUGGGGUACUGCAGGGAACCAUGACAGAGGAUCCGGACUCAUAGUCAGGAUGUCAAUGGAGUUGUGUUGUGCUGUAUUGUGCAAGUAGACCAAAUCAGAGGGUGAAGGAGUUUAAAAUAAUAAUACUGCAAGGAACCAUGAUAGAGGAUCCGGACUCAUAGUCGGGAUGUCAAUGGAGUUGUGUUGUGCUGUAUUGUGCAAGUAGACCAAAUCAGAGGGUGAAGGAGUUUAAAAUAAUAAUAGUAGCCGGAGUGAACUAUCAAAACCAUGCUAGACAAGUAACUAGAAACUAGGAUUCAUUACUGUUUGCUUCCAGAGGUUUAUUGUUAGUUACCACCACUGCCUUACAAACAAAAAAAUAAAAAAUACAGUAGAACAAUUAACCCGGUUUUUCCUUUGCUUUGCUCCUUUUGGUGACCUUUUGAACCCACUUGUUGAAAGUGGUUUGGCAACAACUGAAACAGCCGAGUUGUAGCCUUUGCUCUCAGUCCUCCUGAUCUCUUAUUGUGGUCCAUGACUCCAUGUAUGAAUAGAUAUGUUUUAAAUUCAUGGCAUGCUCUUGUUGUACAAAUCUCUCAUUGGUUCAUUGACUUUAUUCAAUCAUGUCUUCAAGGAAGUCUGUGCUUACCUGGGGUUGUUUCAUUCAUUGAAUUGUUGGUCAUUCUCUAUCAGGACCCAAGGGUGGUGUUUAUUCUACAAUUUGUACUAUAUGUCCAGACCUUUGUAAAAGCUUAAAAAAUCAUAGAGUUCCAUAGAACUCUAGGGUAUGGAAACAAGAUUUUCUAAAGUCUGAACUGAAGAUAAAAUGAAGUGCCCCCCUGUGCUAAAUACAAAAUUUUUGAUUGGUAGUAUGAGGUCUUACUAUUUCAAUCUAUCACCUGAUUGGCCCCGUUGGGUGUAAUGUUAAAACAGAUUAUAGAUUAUAUCUUAACAGAUUAUAGAUUAUGAUUUUAAUAAGAAGUUGUUAAUCUGUUUGGUGUAGUUGUUGGAUUAUAGAUUUAAGUUGUUGAGUAAUGUUUGUUAAA